UCCUCCUGCCCCAUCUCUUGUACCUAGGUAGUCAUCCUUGCCUCGCAGGACGGGGUUCUCUCAUUCGCUCUCCCGCGCUGCACAUCAUCUCGUGGAACCCGGCCAGAAGCUGUGUACUUUCAUCCAUUGGCAUUGCCUUGACCCGGCCAGCCUCGCAUUGUUUGCCCUCAAGAGCGGGCCUAGCCUCGUUCACCAUUGACGGGGCCAUUCCUCUCUUUUUCUCUCCCCGUUCCUCACAUUCCUGUGCGCCGCGUGCCCUUCAUUCUUUCGUCCAGCAGCAGACACUGCUCGCUCGCGGUGGCACAAGGUUGUCCCUGAUGUCUUGAGGCUGUUGGCAGACUCCUUCCUUUUGGUUUUUUCCUUUCAAGGCUUGUCGCAGCAGCCGAGGGAACCCACGAGACUCUGUGUCGGAGUGCAGCAUCUCCAUCUCUCACCUCCCACUUCGACGUCACCGGCGCAUGUCGCAACCCUCCCGGGCCGUCAACCAGCACAGCAACAAAAGCAGCCAGACGCUGGCAUCAAUCGCCAUAGCCAUGGCUCCGUUUAUCCAGCAGAGCGACGAGGACAACACGGCAUUUGCAGCCGACAGCACGCACGAUGCUCGUCAAAGUCGUGCAGACGCAGCAGCAUGCAGCACCACGCCAGCAAACUCAAUUGCCAGGUCCAUGUCGCGAUACCGUAAGCGCGCCAAUUCCACCGCCGCCAGUGCUGCUGCCCAGGAGGUCGCUGCAGCAGCGAGGCCAGGCGCAGGCGAAGCAGUGUUGCCGUCGAUGCAUGCGACGCCUCCAAUGCCCCCUGUCCCCACGAUUCCACUCCAGCAUAUGCCGGCACAGGCAGGCGCCAGUGCAACCAGGUCACGUCAUAUCGCUCCCUCUGGAACCAGCGAUGAUGCCGCUCCAUCCGCCUCCCUGCCAGCUGCUGUCGCCUCUUAUAAUAGGCCACCGCCACCGCGACUACACGAGAGGCAGCCGCUUGGAACCAGCACGCCCUCUGCUGCAAGCUCGCGACAAGCAUCUGCCGAGCGCGAGAGCAUAUCAGUUAAUAAAACAGGAGAUGCACCCAUCCGCCGCCAACGGACAAACAGUGACGAGGACAAAGCGAGGCUACCACACCACGAGCAAGCGAUUCGUGUUCUGGAACCAAUGACGCGCAUGGAGCCUCUGCCUGAGCGCAUGGCGACCAAGCCGAAAAAGGACGUCGCGCCGUUGCAACUUCAAAUGCAGCCAAACCAGGCUCCGGCACCACCAAUGCAGAAGUCCCAACGGAGCCCGGUCAUAGAAAAGUUCGCCAGCCUGACCAAGCUUCGAAAAGCGAACCCGGUGCCAGAGGCGGCCCCGAGGUCGGCUCGCGAGGACAAACUGCAAGAAAAUCAGGUCAAUCAGUCAGUUGGCAUUGUGUCGGGAGGCAAGGGCAUUGUUCCGCAGACUGAUGCUCCAACGUCUGCAAUCAAUACUGCUGAUCAGAUUGUGACUGUCCGCUGCAGAGGCAACCGCUUCCUCCUAGAUGUGGAUGCAGACACGACAGCCAUUGAGAUCAUCACAAAAUGUGGUCGGCUUGUCAACGAUACUGAGAUCAAUCCAUCAAACUGCAUUGUGCUCGAGUCAUUCGAUAGUCUUGGCCUAGAGCGGCGAGUUCGGCGAUACGAGGCCAUCCGCGAUAUCGUGAAUUCUUGGGAUCUAGACUCAACGAACUGUCUCGUCGUGCGGAUUCGCGAAGCUGGCGAUUCAAUGACCGACCUGGACGCAGCAAACAUAUCAAAGUCAACCGAUCCGCCAAAGGGAUGCCAGAUCUACAUGUAUCAUUCCAACAAGCCCGGAAAGUGGAACAAGCGCUAUAUCACCCUCUUGGACAAUGGCCAGAUCAUCCUGAGCAAGAAGCCAGACGCAUACGCCGGUGAGAAGGACAGUACCAAUCUGUGUCGACUCUCUGAUUACGACAUCUACCAGCCGUCUGAAUCGAUGAUGCGUCGGCAUCUGAAACCACCAAAACGACACUGCUUUGCGAUUCGUAGUCAGCAAAAGACGACAGUGUUCCUCAAUACCGACAACUACGUUCAGUACUUUUCCAUGGAGGAUCCCAAGCAGGCAGCCCUCUUCCAAGACAAGGUCCAGGUCUGGCGUAGCUGGUACUUAUUGGAUCGUAGACCGGAGCCCAGGAAACAGUCUAUGACCAGCCCACCCCGGCCAACAACUUCAAAGAAAGAGGAGUCAAAAUCUUCUCCGAGCGCGGUCACGCGGCACGGGCAAAGACGAUCUGUCAACUUGAGCCAUGCGCAUCGUGCGCAGGUUUCUGUAGACGAGUCUCCAUACACAAUCGGCGAGUUCAAGCCCUUGCUUGACUUGUCCCGCUUCGACAAACGAAUAUCGUUGUUCGGCAACGAGGCGCCACCGCCCAUACCGACAGACUCACCAAGAACGUCGAGGGAUCUCUCCAGGCCGAACCGCAAUUCGUUGAUUGGGAAAGGCUUGAUCGAUAGCAUAAAAACUGACGAUGGCUUCACUGGCAACGGGCUCCUUGCAAAUGGGUACGAGGAGCGUCGCGAUGCCAUCGGUGGAGCAGUCAUCAAAGCCUCGCAGGCGGACCCGGAUGGAUUUGCAGACGGGCCGACAUUGCUCAACAAACAAAAUCUUACCGAGCGAACAUCCCCGAACAACGAUCAGGGCAACUCGUCAUCGUGGUUCCCUUCUGCACUGGAGCACACUGCGAAACAGACUGCAGUCCGUCCGGUGAACUCUACUGGCCCUUCUACUAUGCGGAGACAACAGCCUAUGCACACAUCGGCAGUACCGCCGCUUCCUUCCAACCAGAGCUCUGGACGGCAUCAACACGCGGGGAUGUCAAGCAAUCAUGGCGUUGUGCAAAGGAGCCGUGAGAGUCACCAGCCACCGCAACGCAGCCAUGAGAGCAGAGGUGGUGUGGCCCAAUCGAGUCGCCGCGAGCAGCCCAAGCCACUUCUGGACAUUGGCUCUACAGAGUUUAACAAGCCGCCGCAGUGGAAGCGCAAAGGACAUGGCGUUAAGGCGCCUGGGGACAUAGAGCAUCUGGUGGACUAUAUCAGUCCGACUGAUCCAUUCAGCCCAGAUGCGCGGAGAGGUACGGGCAUGCUUGAUGCACCGGCGCGCAAUAGCACAAGACGUCCGAGCCCCAACCCGCCGUCAGGAUCUACGGCAUACCCACCGCCGAUAUCAGUCCCCGCUGGGCGCGCACGCAGUCAAAGUUUCAGCAACACCUCAGGCAAUGGUCGGGCCAUGAUGGCCGCGAUAGCAAUGGCCGGUAGCAACAAAGCUCCGCCGAUGCCAACAUUACCCGGCCUUGCGCGCAGGGGCGCCGAGGAGCCGGUGCAGCCCUCAUCGCGGCAACGGGAGGGCCUUACGCCGCGCGAGAAGGAGCAGCGCGAGCGCGAGAGGCUGCGGCGUAAGGAGCAGGAGCGUGCGUACAAGGAACGACAGGCCGCUUUCAAUGCCGUGCCUGGUCGGAAAGGGACUUUGAAGGUUGUCUAGAUCCUUUGGUCAUGCCGUUGGGGGUCAACUUUUAGCGUUUACCACAAGCACACUUACGAGGACACGCGAUUUAUGAUCUGAUUUUGGAUUUCAUGGUCUUACGCUCACAAGUUUACUAUGUAAUUAUUCCAUAGCGCUGGCAUUUCUACUUUGUAUACCAGAUUUAAAAUGAAUCACAUUCGGACGAGUCAUUUGGUAGCCCGCGUAUGACCUGUUUGGCAUGCUU